ACUCUAUCGGUCCGCCGCGGCUCCCUGGCGGACUUCUUUUUCCAGCGGAAGCGUUUCUGUCCAACUGCGCGGCGCGUUUGUUUCAAGGUGGAGCUGAGCGAUCCGCGCAGAGGCGAAAACUACUGACAACAUCCAGGUACUGCCCAAGACUGACGUGUUUCUGGCUCUAUGGCUGCUAAUGUGACCCCUCAGGGCUGCGGCCCCAACCUGGACUCUCUCUACUACAACCUGUGCGACCUCGGUACCGCCUGGGGCGUCGUGUUAGAGGCCUUCGCGGCAGCCGGCAUCAUCUUCUCUUUUGUGCUCUUCAUCUCCCUCCUGGCCAGCCUGCCAUUCAUCAAAAACCCAAACCAGAAAAACGCUGUGGCUCUUAACGCCAGCUUCCUUUUCUGCACCGCUGGACUCUUCUGCCUGACGUUCAGUUUCAUUGUAGGAAAGAACUUCUCCACGUGUGCCUCUCGGAGAUUUCUCUUCGGGGUGCUGUUUGGUGGGUGCUUCUCCUGUCUCCUGAUGCAGUGCGUCAGGCUGAACAUCCUGGCCAGGAGAAACGCCGGACCCCAGGCCUGGGUCCUCUGGCUGGGAGCGCUAGGGUUGUGGCUGGUGGAGGUCGUCAUCAACACGGAGUGGCUCAUUAUCACAGUCGUUCGCCACCCGCAGCUUCCUCUGAAUACCACGACUGAACCCAUCAGAGCCACAGCGACGCCUUGCAACAUUGCCAACCAGGACUUUGUCAUGGCGCUGAUUUACGUGAUGGUCCUCAUCCUGGCUGUGGUCGUGGCAAGCCUGGCCGUCAUGGCAGGCAAAUACGCAGAGUGGAAAAAGGAAGGCGCACUCAUUCUGGUGAUAAGCCUGAUCUCUGUGGGCAUUUGGGUGGCAUGGAUCGUCAUGUACGUCUAUGGGAAUGAGCGAACCGGAGGCCCGAAAUGGGACGACCCGACCCUGGCCAUCGCUUUGGUGGCAAACGCCUGGGUCUUCAUCGCUGUUUACACCAUUCCUCAGAUUUGCUGUUUGAACACCGAAAAUGAUACGGAGGAAGACUACGGAGAGGAUGCCUACCCAAACCAGAGAGCCGGAUACGAGACGAUCCUAAAAAACCACCCCUCUCAGAACAUGUUCAUGGAAAAUAAGGCCUUCUCAAUGGAUGAGCCAGGUCAAGGAAACAAGCCCGUGUCUCCAUAUGGUAAUUACACUGGUCAGAUGCGUGCUUCUGUCUACCAACCCACUGAGCUGGCUCUCAUCACCAAAACGGGUGGAAACCAACAACGGGAGCCAUCCUAUGACAUGAUCAUUCCCAGAGCCACCCUGGGCUCCACAGCCAACAGCGGGAGCAGCACGCCCUCAACACAGGGCGAGCCUAGGAACGGCGCAAGCUCACAAACAAGCGGUCAAGGUUUGCAUAGGACGCCCCAGUGGUGAUCAUGUUAUGACUCUACACCUGCUAUUACUUCGAUUCAUGUCUUCUCAUUUGCUCUGGCUGACUGUAUGUUUGCUGUUAUUCAUGGUUCCCUAAGCUGGCACUGAGAGGAACCCCAUGGGCCCAACACAUGAUGGAGGUGACUGUUUGAUCACAAUCACCCCCACUAAUGGAGGUCAGAUAAACCCUCCAUUGACUGGUUGUCUGCACGCUGGACCACUGGGACAGCGAAGAGUUUAAUACAGAAGAGAAAUCCCAGGGAUGAAGCUUUGCUUUAUAACAAAGACUUUCUGCAACAGAAACCAUUUGCUGACAAUGAACUUUCAGCUCUCAGCUGCAAACACACAGAUGCACAGGGAUCGCGCUGACAGAGCAAGAAUUAUUGGGACACAAUAUACUCUACAUUCACACUUCACCAAAUAGGGCUGGACUUUAUAUUUAAAAAAGUGUAUCGAUUGAAUAGAAAUCAUAUUGAUCAAUAUUGAUAAUUAUCAAGUAAU